AUGGCUAUCUACGAGAAGAAGACGGCGGCUGAGAUCCACAGCGACGCCAUCACCGGCUCUCCCCAGUCCGAUGUCUCUUUACAGGGCGGUGACAAAGAAGCGACGCUGGAGGCGCGCGAGAUCUUCAAGGAUGACCACGAGGGCGUCAAGUUCCGCACCGUCAGCUGGCAGCGGGCCACCAUCAUCUUCCUCAAGAUCCAGUUCGCCAUGAGCAUCCUGGCCGUGCCGGGGGCAUUGGCCACGUUGGGAGCCGUUGGGGGAGCUCUGUCCAUCGUCGGCUGGGAGGUGCUGAAUACGUACACGGCCGUCAUCUUGGGCGACUUUCGUAACCGCCAUCCUGAAUGCCACACACUGGCCGACAUGUGUGGCCUCAUCUGGGGCCGCGUGGGCAAGGAGCUGGUCGGGUUGCAAAUCCUAGUUGCUCAGGUUUUGAUCACUGCGGCGGGGAUCGUGUCGUGCUCGACGGCUUUCAACGCCCUGUCGGAGCACGGCGCGUGCACGGUGGUAUUUAGCUUCGUCUCGGCCGUGUUGAUCACGAGCUUUUCGUCGGUGCGGACCUUCUCACGUCUGGGUUGGUUGACGUGGGUUGGGUUCACGACCUUCUUCAUCGCGGUCUUCAUCUUCGUCGUCGCCGUGACGCAGCAGAACCGACCCGCCGCAGCGCCGCAAACAGGGGACUUCGACCUCGGGUGGGUGGCGAUCGCGCAUCCGGGGUUCGUGGCGGGCAUCACGGCCAGCGCCAACAUCUUCAUCUCCGGCAGCGGCUCGCAGAUGUAUCUACCGGUCAUCUCGGAGAUGCGCCGGCCCCGCGACUACCGCAAGGCGGCCAUCGUGGCCGGCAUCCUCGUCGGCGCCAUGUACCUGACCUUCUCGCUGGUCAUCUACCGGUGGUGCGGGCAGUGGCUGGCGACCCCGGCGUUCGGCAGCGCAGGCACGCUGUUCAAGAAGAUCUCGUACGGCAUCGCUCUCCCGGGCCUGGUCAUCGGCGUGGGCAUCUACCAGCACGUCGCGGCGAAAUUGAUCUUCGUGCGUCUCCUCCGCGACUCCCGCCACCUGCAGGCCAACACGGUCGCCCACUGGGCCACCUGGCUGGGCAGCAACCUGGUUCUGGGAGUCCUGGGGUUCAUCAUCGCCGAGGCCGUUCCCAUCCUCAACUAUCUUUUGGGAUUGGCGGGGUCUCUGUGCUUCGCCCCCUUCAGCUUGAUCUUCCCGGCCAUGCUGUGGAUGUACGACUACAAGACCUACGCUCGAGGCAGCGCCUCCCAGAAGGCCUUUUACGGAUUCCAUAUCCUCAUUGUGCUGGUCGGGCUCUUCAUGGUCGUUGGCGGAACGUACGGGGUUGCCGUGUCGAUCAAGCAGGCCUUUGACGAUGGAUUGAUUUCCAAAGUCUUCGACUGCGCCGAUAACUCAGGGACCAUUUCUUGA